AAAAACCCAGGGGGGUGUACUGCAUGCUCUGCCCCUCAGACUCUCAUACACACAUGCAUUAGCAAACAAGUAUAGUCAUUACCACAGCCACUGUCGUAUUCUCACAUGCUGAUAAGAAGUAAAGUGCAGGACUGAGAAAUCAGGACACUUGUUUUGGUUUUAUUUGCUGUACCAGUAAGUCUUCAGGACCACACAGGGAAUCCAUAUCAGGAUGUGGGAACCUUUGCUUAGUGGACGUCCGUACUAUGCUAUGGAUCUCCAACACACACACAGAAGUCGUGUGUCUCUGAUUAUGGGCCAUGGGGCUGGACUGGUCUUGGUGCUGCUGGCUUUCUCUGCCCUAGUCUCAGGAUUUAACCUAGAUACUACAGAUACUCUGAACAAGGAAGGAGAGAAGGGCAGUUUCUUUGGGUUCUCUGUGGCUCUUCAUCAGCAGCUCUCACCAGAGCUAAGGAGUUGGGUCCUGGUAGGGGCGCCCCGGGCCAGAGGCCUUGGUACCCUGCGGAACAGUCAUCCUGGUGCUUUGUAUCGCUGUCCAAUUACAGCAGAGGAAUAUGACUGUGAGCGAGUGGACAUUGAUGGAGAUGUAAGGCUGGACAAGGAGAGCAAAGACAACCAGUGGCUGGGUGUUACAGUGAAGAGCCAGGGGAUUGGAGGAAAAGUGGUGACGUGUGCCCACCUGUAUGAGCUAAGACAACGAGUCAGUCUGCCAUCUGAAACUCGGGAUCCAAUUGGACGCUGUUAUAUGCUGAGUGAGGACUUGACGGAGAGGGAUGACUUGGAUGGAGGAGAGUGGAAGUUUUGCGAAGGACGGCCACAAGGCCAUGAGCAGUUUGGCUUCUGUCAGCAGGGCUUGGCUGCUAGCUUCACACCUGACAACAACUACAUCCUGUUUGGAGCUCCAGGAACAUACAACUGGAAAGGAGAGUUGCGAGUUCAGCUGCUCAACCAGACCCUGUUGGACUUGGGUUUUUAUGACGAUGGACCUUAUGAGGUUGCCGAUGAAAAACAACUAAAUGCUUCGUUGAUUCCUGUGCCAUACCACAGCUACCUGGGGCUCUUGUUCAUGGCCAGUCCCAUUGAGGAUGCAUUGGUGUACAAAACUUUGGAGCCAUCCAGCCAGCCCAUGUUUGAGGAUGUAGCUCAGAAUAGCUACCUAGGCUUCUCUGUUGAUUCAGCAAAAGGAAUAAUGAAUAGGGGGGAACUGACAUUUGUGGCUGGGGCACCAAGAGCAAAUCACACUGGAGCUGUAGUUUUGCUGAAGAAAGACAACAUAUAUCGACUAGUACCAGAACAUAUACUAUGGGGGGAAGAACUGGCCUCCUCCUUUGGCUAUUCAGUGACCACUGCAGACCUUAAUCAGGAUGGUUGGACUGAUCUAAUAGUGGGUGCACCAAACUUUUUUGAUCGUAAAGCCGAGAUUGGAGGUGCUGUGUACAUCUUUUUAAACCCAGCCAGCCACUGGGAGAAGGCUCGGCCAAUUCGCCUUAAUGGCACCUAUGACUCUAUGUUUGGUAUGACAGUAAGCAGUAUUGGAGAUUUGGAUCAAGAUGGUUAUGGAGAUGUUGCUAUUGGGGCCCCAUUUGACGGAGCUGGCAAAGUAUUUAUAUUUAGAGGUUCUGCUACUGGCAUAAACACCAAGCCCUCUCAAGUUCUUGAUGGUUUAAAUGCAGGUGUGUCACGUUUUGGCUAUUCCAUAUCAGGAGGUCUAGAUAUUGAUGGAAACCUUUACCCUGAUCUAGCUGUGGGGUCCCUCAGUGACCAGGUGGUUAUUUACAGAUCAAGACCAGUGGUCCAUGUCAUCCGGGACAUUUCCAUGGAACCUCAGGAUAUUGACCUGGCAUUGCACAACUGCAAGGGGAGAGAAGGCAUGUGUGUGGAGAUCAAGGCUUGCUACACCUACACAGCUCACAUAGACUCCUACACACCACAUAUCACACUCAAUGUGCAUUUUGAAGCAGACACAGAGCGAAGGAAGUUGGGUCUGCCCCACAGAGUUCAAUUCCUUGGACGGACUGCAUCUGAACCAGAGUAUGUUCAUUCUGAAGAGAUAGAACUGAUGGGUCAAAAGCAUCCAGCCUGCCAAACUUCCACCUUUGUGCUACAGGAGAACAUUAGGGACAAGCUGCGUCCCAUUUCUCUUGCAAUCACACACACAAUAAAGAGGACCCAACAUCACAGCCAUGUCAGUGAUAAACACUUGGGUUGGCUGAGUCCUGUACUGGGCAUUAGCUCUUCAAAUACAUUUUAUUCUGAGGUUAAUUUCCUUAGAGAAGGUUGUGGUGAUGAUAAGAUUUGCCAGAGUAACCUGAAGCUUAGCUACCAGUUUGGCAUAAGAGCCCCUAUUUCGGUUCCCUUUACCCCUUUGCCACUAGAUGAGGAAGGAGUUCCAGUGUUCUCACUGUCAGAUCAAAAAUCAAUAAUGCUGGAGGUCAUAGUCACUAACAUACCAUCUGACCCUGAGAACCCACAAGAGGAUGGUGAUGAUGCACAUGCUGCUCAGUUGUUUGUUACUCUGCCAAACACCCUAUCCUACUCUGGCUUCAGAGGACAGCAGGUUGUGUGUCAAGCCAAUCAAAAUGGCUCCCAGGUGGAGUGUGAGCUGGGAAAUCCUCUCAAAAGAGACACUGUGCUGAAAUUCUACAUUAUCUUAAGCACUUCAGGGAUCACAAUUGAAACUACAUCUUUAUCAGUAUACCUCUUGAUGUCAACAAUAAGUGAGCAGCCUGGUAUGACCACAGUCACAGCAUUUGCAAGAGUGGUGAUUGAGCUACCUCUGGCAGUCAGUGGUCUGGCACAACCUCAUCAGUUAUUCUUCAGUGGAACAGUGAAAGGAGAAAGUGCCAUGGAGACUCUGGAUGACGUGGGUAGUGAAGUUCAGUAUGAAUUCACGGUCUCCAACACUGGGCAGUCUGUUCAAACUCUUGGCUCUGCCUUCUUGAACAUCAUGUGGCCUCAUGAGUUGGCUAAUGGGAAAUGGCUGCUGUAUCCUUCGAGCUUACAUAUUGAGGGUCAGCCACACACCCACUGCACCCAUAAUUCAGCUCUUAAUCCACGUGGUCUGCACCCCAGUGAACUAAAUUCAGCACUUCUCAAGGAGGCCAGGAGAAAGACCCGCUCUCAUGCAGAGGAGGAAGGAAAAUCCAUUACCAAAAGCAAGGUAGUGGACAACAUUACUCCAGCUGUGGCUGCAUCUGACAAAAGGAAGUCUCUGAAAUUGGACUGCCUCCUGGGCUCUACACGUUGUGUGCUUUUCCAGUGUCCACUACACAGCUUCACUGGGACAAGCAUAUUUAAGGUCAAAGCCCGCUUAUGGAACAGUACUUUCAUAGAGGAGUUCUCCUUUGUCAGUGUGCUGGAGCUGUUGGUUAGAGCCAACAUCACUGUAAAGUCAAGUCUUAAACAUCUUGUGCUGAGGGAUGCUGCUGCACAGGUAUCAGUGAUGAUCUAUCCCGAACAUGGACCCUCAGACCAGUACUCAAUCCCUUGGUGGAUCAUUCUCAUUGCGUUCCUGGCUGGCAUCCUGGUCUUAGCAUUGUUGGUCUGCAUCCUUUGGAAGUGUGGUUUCUUCCAGAGGGCCCAUUAUAAAGAUAAAGUGCCUCAGUACCAUGCUGUGAAGAUCCCACGGCAAGAACGCUCUCAAUUCCAAGACAAGAAAUCCAUAAUUUUACACAAGAAGGAAUGGGUAACCCAUUGGAGUGAUGGCUCAUCUUGAUGUACUGAAAGUACCUUCUUUCUUUGAUUCCAACCACAGUAGACUUGGCACAAAAAACUUCCAGGGUACACAAAACAUGUUGCAUUACCAAGGCGCUUUACAUAGCAUUUUAAGACACUACAGAUAUUUAACUAUUAAUUUACAUAUUCAAAUUUUCAGUUUUCAGUUAAGGAAAAGGAAACAAAUACCAGUUCAUACAAAAAGGACUUCAGCAGAUCAGUUAUUUGUCAUUUAGCAAUAAAUGCUAUAAGAUGGUAUAAGAAUUAUAAUAUGUGUCACGGCCCGAGUGUCACAGGGCAUUGAGCAGGACACAGACACCUUAAACGAUGUGAAACAUUUAAUAACAUAAAACAUAAAGGACACUCAUGGCAUUCACACAUAAUAGCACUAAUAGACAGGAUUACACAAACAGUAUAAACAGUAACAACGACAACAUAAAAUGACAUAAAUGCUGGGUUACAUUAACAGUAGCUACACACUCAUUGACACUAACAUUCAACAAUGAUGCUAACAAUGACCAACAAUGAGGCCCACACUGACAGUGAUUUAAAUAAAUAGACAUACACUCAACGUUAACCCCGUGCAGGUGCGUGCCAUCAUAGACGGCAUGGCAACAAACGUAAAGUCCCCUGCACGCAGCAGGCCAUACCAUGUGACUCGUGGGGGGGGGAAAGCAUUCCAUGACAUAACCCCCUCCCAAGGGGCGAGGCUCUUGACGCAUCCAAUUCCAGGACAGCAAACCCCAGGCCGCCGUGCACCCACACAAAACACAACAUGGCAAUGCCCGGUGCCCACCCAAUACAAGGCAAGCCAGGUGCCGCCACCAAGGUAGAUCUCUUGGCAGGAGGGAGAAAGGCAGCUUCCCUGCCUCUCUCAGGACAGUCUGGUAUGCUUCUAGUGACGUUGCGCCUGAAAACACAUAAGACGCACAAAUACAUACAAAUAGAAGCGCCUACACACAGAAACAUAAGAUACUGUGACGUAGCUCCCGCUAUCAGCCCCAAAUGUGUCCUUGGCC